UCAAAGAUUCUAUACAUUUUUCUUUUGCUUUUAACCUUGUUUUGUUUUAUUAUUGAGGAAUUGGUAAUGUUAAUGAUAGUAAUAGUAAUAGAAUAAUUGAAAUUAUUCUACUUUUUGUAAUUUUCUCAAAUCCAAAUUAAAACAUCAUCAUUUCAUUUUUUUGUUGGGCUAAAACAAAGGAAAAAGAAGUGGGUCAUUUCCAAAUUUGGUUGAAUUGAAGGGAAAUUUAUUAAAGAUUUGAUCUUUUUUAAAUUUGUUUUUGGGUUCAGUUUGAUGGUGAUGGUGGUGGUGGUGGUGGUGGAGGAGGUGGUGGUGGGUCUUUGUUAAUAUUUGCCAUCAUAUUAGCCUUGACUCUAUAAUCAAUCAGGAAUUCAACGAUAGCCAACAACUCGACUGCAAGCUGUCCAGACCUGCAGCCGAAGUUCUUAAGUAUGUCUGGGAUUGAUGAUAAUGUUGCUAUAAUUGGAGAUUGGGUGCCUCCUCGCUCAAACCAACGAACGUUUUUCUCAGCUAUUGGAGGUGAUGAUAAUAGCUCCAAAACUACUCCAGAAUCUUCUCGAGAGAAUAAAACUGAAGAGCUAUUUCUGGGAUCGAGAGAACAGGCAACAACAGGAAACAAUGGCAAAAAGGAUGGGGCACAAAAUUAUGGUGCUCAGUUUACAGAACUAACUACAUAUUCCGAGCAGAAAUCUAGUUCACGCGGUGGUCUUGUAGAAAGAAUGGCGGCAAGAGCGGGAUUUAAUGCUCCAAGGUUAAAUACAGAAAGCAUAAAAUCUGCUGACCUUUCACUUAAUCCUGAGAUUCGAUCUCCUUAUCUGACAAUCCCUCCCGGUCUCAGCCCAACAACCUUGUUAGAUUCUCCAGUAUUCCUUUCAAAUUAUUUGGCACAGCCAUCUCCAACAACUGGAAAAUUCUCGUUUGUCCUAAAUGGUAAUAGUAAGGGCUCUAUGUUGAUGUCUGAACCUUCUGAUAAAAAUAAAGAAAAUUUCUUUGAGGACAUCAAUGAUUCUUCUUUUGCAUUCAAGCCAAUUCCAGAUUCUGCAUCUGGUUUUUUCCUCGCUCCAACAAGCAAACAAUCAUUUCCGAGCAUUGAAGUCUCAGUUCAGUCAGAGAAUUCUCUUCAUGGUGCAGAACCAGCCAAAGUCCAAUCUCAGCAUCGGAACAACAGUCUCCAGACUAUGAGGAGUGAUAGGAGGGUCUUCGAUAAUGUUGGUGGCAGUGCCGAACAUUCUCCACCUCUUGAUGAGCACCAGGAUGAAGUAGGAGACCAGAGAGCCAGUGGAGAUUCCGUGGCGGGUGGCGGUGGUGGUACACCAUCUGAAGAUGGAUAUAACUGGAGAAAAUACGGACAGAAACAAGUAAAGGGAAGUGAGUACCCGCGGAGUUAUUACAAAUGCACGCAUCCAAAUUGCUUGGUUAAGAAGAAAGUAGAGCGCUCUCACGAGGGCCAUAUAACAGAGAUCAUCUACAAGGGGGCCCACAACCAUCCUAAACCUACGCUUAAUCGACGUUCAGCCAUCGGAUCGUCAAAUCCCCUCGUGGAUAUGCAACUAGAUGUCCCUGAGCAAGCUGGAUUACAGCGCGGAACAGAAAAUGAUCCUAUUUGGGCAAGUGCGCUGAGUAAAAAUGCUGCUGGGACACCCGAUUGGAGGCACGACAACAUUGAGGUGACUUCUUCAGCAUCUGUAGCGCCUGAAUUUGGCAAUCCAUCUUCCGCAGUGCAGGCUCAGAAUGCUGCUAACGGUGAAGCAGGUGAUGCUGUUGAUGCCUCAUCUACCUUUUCUAAUGAUGAAGAUGAAGAUGAUCGCGCCACACAUGGAAGCGUAGGUUAUGAUGGCGAAGGAGAUGAAUCCGAGUCAAAGAGAAGGAAGAUUGAAACAACAUACCCCACAGAGAUUGCAGGAGCUACAAGAGCUAUUCGGGAGCCUAGAGUUGUGGUCCAGACUACCAGCGAGGUGGAUAUCCUGGACGAUGGAUAUCGCUGGCGCAAAUAUGGGCAAAAAGUUGUGAAAGGAAAUCCAAAUCCCAGGAGUUACUACAAAUGCACUAAUGCAGGCUGCACGGUGAGGAAGCAUGUUGAGAGGGCAUCACAUGACCUUAAGUCAGUGAUCACUACAUACGAGGGAAAACACAAUCAUGACGUUCCGGCUGCACGCAACAGCAGCCAUGCUAACUCUGCAUCUAAUGCCAUUCACUCACAAGCCGGUGCAGCUGUUCUUCAUAGACCAGAGCCAUCUCAAGUUCAUAACGGUAUGUCAAGGUUCGAUAGGUCUGCAGCGUACGGAAACUUCAGCCAUCAUGGAAGACAACAAAUGGGUCAUAUCCCUAACUUCUCAUUUGGAAUGCAUCCACCAGGGCUAGCUAAUCUGGCAAUGGCUGGACUGGGUCCGGGCCAACCGAAGAUGCCGGUUAUGUCGGUUCACCCCUACUUAGCACACCACCAACGUCCCAUGAAUGAAAUGGGGUAUAUGUUGCCCAAAGGAGAACCUAAGGUGGAGCCUAUGUCUGAACCAAGUCUCAAUCUAUCCAAUAAUCCAUCAGUUUAUCAGCAAAUCAUGAAUAGGCUGCCGCUUGGACCGCACAUGUAAAUUAUUAUUAUUUUUUCUUCAUUAGCAUCUAAAUAUUUAUUUAUCAUUGGUAAUACUUAUUUACUUCUGUUAAUUGUGUUGAAAAUAGAUACAGUACAUUUUUAUACUUCUUUAUAUAUAGAUUGGCAUAUUUCUUUUA